GAGCCGUCACUCCGCUUGGCAGCCGGCGGAGCGGGAGCCUUGUAGGCCGCAGCGCUGUGGUGAUGAUGGAGCUCGGGCUGCUCGUGUCUGCCCCGGGGAAGGUGAUUCUGCACGGGGAGCACGCUGUGGUGCACGGCAAGGCCGCCCUGGCUGUGGCGUUGGGCCUACGCACCUUCCUACGGCUGCGGCCUGGAGAUGGAGAGCGGCUCCGAGUCCAUCUGCCCGGUGUCAGUGUGAGGAGGGAAUGGGGCCUGGCCGAGCUCAGCGCAUUGAGGGGCCGCGUCACAGCUGACUUUGAUGAAUCAAAGUCCCCCAGCGUAGAACAGCUGGAUGUGUUGAAAGAGUUUGCUGGAAUUGCUGCCGAUGCUUCAGCUCCUGACAGCCUUGCAGUUCUUGCCUUUCUUUAUAUGUGUCUGGCUAUUUCAGCUAAGUAUGGAGAUGUUCCCAGCGUGGACAUAACAGUGUGGUCUGAGCUGCCUACAGGAGCUGGGCUGGGCUCUAGUGCUGCCUAUGCCGUGUGCUUGGCGGCAGCAUUGCUGUAUGCCUGCAGAGCCAUCUCCUGCCCUCUGAAAGAUGGGGAGGCCACAGCCAGGUGGACAGAAGACGAGAUGACUCUGAUUAACAGCUGGGCCUUCCAGGGGGAGCGUGUGAUCCACGGCAAUCCCUCGGGUGUGGAUAAUGCUGUUGGUACCUGGGGUGGAGCCCUGAGAUACCAAUCAGGAAAAAUCACAUCAUUAAAAAGGGUGCCGACGCUGAGGAUCUUGCUGACCAACACCAAAGUCCCACGAAGCACCAAGGUCCUGGUGGCUGGGGUCAAGGAGAAGAUCCUGAAGUUCCCUUCUAUAAUGAACCCUGUGCUGGACUCCAUCGAUGCAAUUUCUCAGGAGUGCCAAAGUGUUCUGGAAGCGAUGCCUACAAAUCCAUCACCUGAGUAUUACCCCGUGCUGGAGGAACUGUUUGAUAUUAACCAGCACCAUCUGAACGUCAUCGGGGUCGGCCAUCCUUCCCUGGACCGCCUGUGCCGGGUGACAGCCUCACACGGCCUGCACAGCAAACUGACCGGGGCUGGCGGCGGCGGCUGCGGCAUCACCCUGCUGCCACCAGAUGCCACCCCGUUGGCCGUGGAAGCAGCCAAGCGAGACUUGUGUGCCUGUGGAUUUGAAUGCUGGGAGACCGACAUCGGGGCCCCCGGGGUGACCCUGCACUCCGCCUCAUCUUUAAAUGCUGAAGUGCUGCACGCGCUCUCUGAGAGUUAAGCUCCCACCCCUGGCAGGGCUGAGCUCCUGGCAUCCUCAGAGCGGUCGUUGGCUAUGCCCUGCUGCUGGAUGCUUCUCCCCAGCACUGGGGGUGUGGAGCUGAGUUCAGGUCUGGUGUCAGAGGGAGAGGGGCUGCAAUGAGGAUCCAGGAGUGACUGCUUGUACUUGUGCUGGGUCUGGGUCAGACCCAACCUCUUGACAAAACCCUGGUUUGAAUUUACUUACUCAACUGCUGUGUUAAUCUCAAGGGGCAGGAGGAGAGGGUCUGGGCUGGAUUCCAGCACGGAUAAUGACACUUUGCUGGGUUCUCCUGCUUCAGAUGCAUGUGGUGUCUCUUCUCGUCUCCCUUGGCGUCCUGUGCUGCUGUGCAGUGAGGCUGCUGAGGCGGAUGUGCAGAGGGCUGUGACAUUUUUGGGUGAGAAGUGUCUUGGCAGCUCUAGGAUUGACACUUGGGUCUCUAUUUCUCCUGGACUCCAGGGCACAGCGAAGAGGAAACAUUUAAGCAGAGCUCUUACCUGUUACUAAUUAAGACUUAGAUAAUUAAAAUGGGAAAAAAGGGCAGCAAAACUCUAAUGAAAUUGUCACUGUGUUCCCCCCUCUCCCUUAAUUUCUGUCUGGGUUGAUAAACAGGGUCCUGUAGCCAGGCUGGUUUCUGUGAGGUCUGCUUCAAACGUUGGCUGUUAUCAGCUCAAGGUGCAACUCCAUUGGAGCCAGGUAACAAAGCCAUGGCUUGGGGGUGCCCUCUCUUCCAGUGCAGGGAUAAGAAAAUGAAAUGAAAGAUGGAGUGUGAGAAGUUGAGGUCUAUCACUUGUAGGAUCUUGGCAUCCCGGUGACCAGGCUUAUUUCCCUGUCAGGGCAUAGAACUGUCUGGUUUUAAUAAAGUGAUAUUUUAUACAUGCAAAGCGGCCUUUGAUAAUUACGUUGGCUACAAAAGGGGGGAAAAAUACCUUACGCUGCUUCAAUAAAAACAGGUUUCAGGUGCUGGUUUUCUACAUGUCUAAUUACAAUCCCAAUUUGCAUCCAAGAACGGCUUUUGAUGCUAAUCACAAGUCAGAAAGCCUGAUAAAUAAUUUACCAUUUCCUAAUACAGCGUAAUCAAUGUGAGUAUCUGGAUGCGUGUUGACUCCUUAACUGCUUACAUGUGUCUGUAGCUUCUCGUGAGCACAAAGGAAUGCCAGGUUCUCUGUGAAGAAACUUCGCUUCAAAACAACACGUCUGGGGGUUGAUCCUCAUUAGGAUGCUUUGCUUUCCUUAGAAGGAGGCCUCGCACCUGUGGUAGGCAAAGAACUAAAUGUAAGUUUCAGUUUGCUGCUUUAAAUCGGAAUUAAAAGUGGUGAUUUAAGUGGAUCAACUCUUUAGCCCGGUGCAGUGAAAUCUGGGACUCCUGUAGUGUGAAGGGACCAGCAGUGCAGCCCCUUAGGGUGUACCCUGUGCCCAGUCUGACUGUGCUGGUGGCACUGCAGUGUGCUGUGAGCUGAGCUCCUGGAGGUGGCUGUGGCCCAGCUCUGUGUGAUGCCAACAGGGCAGGUUCAUCUUCAUCAUGCUGAGUGUCACUGAGCUCUGAGUCUGCCCCAGGCGUGGGCCAGCUGCCUCGUGCCUCUUGUUCCUGGGGACUUGCCACCUGGCACGAGGCUCCUGGUCCUUGGGGAUGUUCUGGGGUGGUGGUUUCUGAUGCAGGCAUCUGAGCAGCAGCCCCUUUGCUUUAAAGCAGCUGCCAAAGAGCUAUCUGAUGGCAAUAACCCUGUGCUGGCUGGGUCCUUGUGCCAUGGGCUCCUUUGGUUACCGGCCUGCUGAGCUGUGUGAGCCCUUCACCAGCAGUCACGCCUGCUGGCUGCUCUGUCUCUGCUUCAUUUUUCAACUUUCAGCUGUGCCAAGGCUGGAGUUGGAGGCCUCAGCUCUACCCAGAAGGAGCUCCGUGGGGAUCUGCAACCUGUAAUGCUUUCGUUUGCAAACUUCCAGCCUCACCUUGCUGACCUCCGGUUUAUCAGCACGUGCUGGAGGUGAUAUGGGGAAGGUGUUGUGAUGUGGUGGGUGCUGUGGGGUGAGCAGGGGUCUGACCAUCCCUCAGGGCUUCCUGUAGCUCUGCUGCUGCUGCCCCACAGCAGGGGUGCUGCUCACCCAGCCCUACACAGGGCUCAGCGUUCCCUGUGCUGCUGGGACCAGAAUUGAUAAGUCAGCAGCUGGAGCCAUCCCAAUUUGCUUGAAGUAAGCACAGAUUUCACAUCCGUUUGCAGGCAGAGCAGUGCCCGCGCUCUCUCCCUUUAUUCCUCCUCCUAAACUCCAUCAGCAUCAUGGGGUUACCUAUGGGGGCUCCAGGUAUGGGAACUACCCCAACCCCCCUUCAGCUGAAUGGGGUGCGCAGGUCCAGCCUGGUACCUGUGUGCCCACAGUGCUGUGAGUGCUUCCCAUCCAUGUUGCCCCCGUCUCGUUUUACAGAUGUGCAGCAGAGCAGAGAUUGCUGGUGAAGGAUUAGCCUGGUAAUUUGGCUAAUUUUUCUUCAGCUUCAUUUUUCACGUUAUGAGCUUUGCAGAAAGACAGAUGAGCCGGGGUUUGCUUUGAAUAGCCAACACUGGGGUGGGCAGGAGCUGUGCUCCAUCCUGCAAUAGGAGGUGUGUGGAUGCAGAAACAAGGAACCCCUUCGUGCAAAAGGCCCUUUCCAAACCUGUUCCUUCAUGUUUUAUGGGUGCUGCUCCAAGCUUUUCCCCUUGCCCCCAUUGUAACCCUGCUUGUUGCUUUGGGGCCGGUGGGUGCUGCCCUGCCCCGCCAGGCACAGAUGGUAUUUUUGUUUAAUCCAUGUCAGCAGUGUCUUCUUUCUGCUCUGAUGAAUAGAUGCUAAAGAGGCAGUGACAUUAUUUGAGAUAACAGAGAGAACAGAGGAAAAAAGGGUCAGGCACAGAGAGGAAAUGUCAGCGCGCAGCUCCAGAGCCCCCCGGCCAUGGGGUGAGCCCUAACCCCAUCCCACUCCAUCACACAUAAAGAGGGACCCCCCCAGCAGCCCACCUUAUGGAUGCAUCCCACUCUUUGGGUGCCAGCAGCACCUAUAGGUGCUCCCAGUCCUGACUUUUCCCUGCUUGAGGGUAUUGGAUGCCAGCUGUGCCCGUGUCCCCGUCCUCAUCCCCAUCCCCUCCCCGUGCCCAAGGUUUUGAAAGUUAAGUAUUACCGUCUGCUUUGUUGUUGCCUAACUACGACAGACAAAUUGAGAACUAGUUGUCAAAAUGUCAGUGCACAACAAAUCAACAUUCAAAAUGAGUCUCAGCUCUAUGUGGUGUAUAAUUAACAAAAAAAUCCUUUUUAGACGUUUCGGCGAGCGUUGGCUCCGCUCUCUAUUUGUCUGCGUGAUUAAUAAAGGCAGCUAAUUUUCAGACUUUAAAAACAGCUAGAAAAUAGCUCCUAAUUACAUAUUAGGUUCCAAGCGGCCCCCGCUGAGCGAGGCUGGUAUUGGUGGGCCAGAGAAUUUGGCAGGGGCUUAAUUACAUUCUGAGCAUCAUCUAAUUUUAGUUAAAUGUAAUGUAAUCAGCAGCAGAUGUCUGAAAUAAAAUAUGAAUUAUGAAUA